AUGAUCUGCAAAACAAAUCGAAAAAAUAAUGUCGGAUUCCAAGUUUACCAGACAAGAGGAGCAAAUGAGGGCGAGCAAGAUGUAGCCGAGGGCGAGCAGGAUGCAGAGAUGAGGAUGAGGAGAACAACGAUGAGGGAGCAGGGCGCCGACGACACUCUUUCGAUCUCAGCUCAUGGACGCAUUGCAAGGAUCUCAGCUCAUCUGUUUCCUCCAAAUUCCCAGGUGGAGGAUGGUUCUACUUUGAGUAGAGCUGACUGCAGAGCCAAGGGCGGAGCACCGGGCUUUAAAGUGGCAAUUGUGGGUGCUGCUGGAGGCAUUGGCCAACCUCUUGCAAUGCUGAUGAAGAUGAACCCACUGGUUUCAGUUCUUCAUCUCUAUGACGACAUUAAUGCCCCCGGUGUCACGCUGACAUUAGUCACAUGGAUACCGGUUGCUGUGGUAAUGGUGCGCGGUUUCUUAGGGCAGCCACAGCUGGAGAGCGCUCUCACGGGCAUAGACCUUGUGAUCAUACCCACCGUUGUUCCAAGGAAGCCUGGAAUGACAAGGGACGAUCUCUUCAACAUCAACGCCGGAAUUGUCAGGACCAUCUGUGAAGGCAUUGCAAAAGCCUGUCCUAAGGCAGUUGUUAACUUAAUCGGUAAUCCAGUGAACUCUACAGUUCCUAUUGCAGCAGAGGUUUUCAAGAAAGCCGGCACUUAUGACCCAAAGCGACUUCUAGGAGUCACAAUGCUCGAUGUUGUGAGAGCAAAUACUUUUGUUGCGGAAGUUCUUGGACUUGAUCCUAGGGAAGUUGAUGUUCCAGUUAUUGGUGGUCAUGCAGGAGUGACCAUUUUGCCGCUUCUGUCACAGGUCAAGCCUCCUUGCUUCUUCACCAAGGAAGAAACAGAAUACCUAACAAACCGGAUUCAAAACGGUGGAACAGAAGUUGUUGAGGCAAAAGCUAGGGCUGGUUCGGCAACACUGUCAAUGGCAUAUGCAGCGGUGGAAUUUACGUAUGCAUGCCUCCGUGGCUUGAGAGGAGAUGCUGGUGUUGUUGAAUGCACUUUUGCUGCCUCCAAGGUAACCGAACUUCCUUUCUUCGCAACCAAGGUUCGGCUUGGUCGUAGCGGAGCCGAGGAAAUCUACCAACUCGGGCCUCUGAAUGAGUAUGAGAGGAUCGGAUUAGAGGAGUUAGCAGCAAGCAUCCAGAAGGGGGUUUCGUUCAUCAAGAAGUAA